AUGACGAUCACAACACCAAACAAUGGCGGGCAACUCGCCCGCUGGCUCAACAGAAAAGGAGAUCUAUGUUUCGAAGUAGCCUUCUUCGCGACUGCCGCAUUCUCAUUCGUCGCCUUCGGCGUUGUCAUCAUUGCCCUCAGCUUGGUCGUCGGAGGCCUGCUCGUCGCGGGCGUCAUAUUGUUUGGCGCGGCGGAUAUGGUGGGCGAGAAGGUCAACGAGGUUGCUCCAACAGUGCAGGGUCAGGCACCGACAAACGAGUUGACGAAGCAGAAAGGUAUCGCAAAUCAGGAAGGUGCCACGAAGCAAAGUGACGUUCAAAAGAAUGACGACGACGCUCGGGAGAACGACGACGACACUCAAACAAAGGACGGCCCCAAGAAGAACCGACGGGAGAAGAAGCAGCAGAAAACGAUUGGGAACGCGUGA